AGGGUCGCCACCCAGGACUAUGAGCGGCUGAGAUGGAGACGUCUUCCCCAGCCACUUCCUUGGAGAAGAAAGAAGCCAAGAGUGGAAUCCUGGAGGGCAGCGGUUUUCCCGACCCGGGUAAAAAGGCCUGUCCUCUUGCUGUGGCGGCUGCAGCGGCUGUAGCUGCCCAAGGAGUGCCGCAGCACCUCUUGCCACCGUUCCACGCGCCCCUGCCGAUUGAGAUGCGACACCAGGAGGGAAGGUACCAUUACGAGCCUCACUCUGUCCACAGUGUGCAUGGGCCUCCCACCCUGAGCGGCAGCCCCAUCAUCUCUGAUAUCUCCUUGAUCCGGCUUUCCCCGCACCCUGCUGGCCCUGGGGAGUCUCCCUUCAGUGCCCCCCACCCAUAUGUGAACCCCCACAUGGAGCACUACCUCCGGUCCAUGCACAGCAGCCCCACGCUCUCCAUGAUCUCUGCAGCCAGGGGCCUCAGCCCUGCAGAUGUGGCCCACGAGCACCUUAAGGAGAGGGGGCUGUUUGGCCUCCCUGCCCCAGGCACCAACCCCUCCGACUAUUACCACCAGAUGACCCUCAUGGGGGGCCACCCUGCACCUUAUGGGGACCUCUUAAUGCAGAGUGGGGGUGCCACUGGGGCGCCCCAUCUCCACGACUACCUCAAUCCUGUGGAUGUGUCACGAUUCUCCAGCCCUCGGGUGACACCCCGCCUGAGCCGCAAGCGUGCGCUCUCCAUCUCCCCACUCUCAGAUGCCAGCCUCGACCUGCAGCGCAUGAUCCGGACCUCACCCAACUCCCUGGUGGCUUACAUCAACAACUCACGCAGCAGCUCAGCUGCCAGCGGCUCUUACGGACACCUGUCGGCAGGUGCCCUGAGCCCAGCCUUCACUUUCCCCCACCCCAUCAACCCCGUGGCCUACCAGCAGAUCCUCCAUCAGCAGCGAAGCCUGGGCUCAGCCUUUGGACACACGCCACCCCUGAUCCAGCCCUCACCUACCUUCCUGGCCCAGCAGCCUAUGGCUCUUACCUCCAUCAAUGCUGCACCCACUCAGCUCAAUAGCAGCAGCAGCAACUGCCUGAGUGACACCAGCCAGAACAAGCAGAGCAGCGAGUCAGCUGUGAGCAGCACCGUGAAUCCUAUCACUAUACACAAGCGCAGCAAAGUCAAGACUGAGACCGAGGGUCUGCGGCCGGCCUCUCCACUAGGACUGACCCAGGAGCAACUGGCUGACCUCAAGGAAGACCUAGACAGAGAUGACUGCAAGCAGGAGGCUGAGGUGGUCAUCUAUGAGACCAAUUGCCACUGGGCAGACUGCACCAAGGAGUAUGACACACAGGAGCAGCUGGUGCAUCACAUCAACAACGAGCACAUCCACGGGGAGAAGAAGGAGUUCGUGUGCCGCUGGCAGGCCUGCACGAGGGAGCAGAAGCCAUUUAAGGCGCAGUACAUGCUGGUGGUCCACAUGCGGCGACACACAGGCGAGAAGCCACACAAGUGCACGUUUGAGGGCUGCUCAAAGGCCUACUCUCGCCUGGAGAACCUGAAGACACACCUGCGAUCCCACACUGGGGAGAAGCCGUACGUGUGUGAGCAUGAGGGCUGCAACAAGGCCUUUUCCAACGCCUCUGACCGCGCCAAGCACCAGAACCGCACCCACUCCAAUGAGAAACCCUACAUCUGCAAGAUCCCAGGCUGCACCAAGAGAUACACAGACCCCAGCUCCCUCCGGAAGCACGUGAAAACGGUCCAUGGCCCAGAUGCUCACGUCACCAAGAAGCAGCGCAAUGACGUGCACCUCCGGGCCCCACUACUCAAGGAGAAUGGGGACGAGGCCAGCGCAGAGCCCGGCGGCCGUGGAUCUGAGGACAAUGCUGAGGCCAGUAGCACCAGCCAGGCCGUGGAGGACUGUCUACAUGUCAAAGCCAUCAAGACAGAGAGCUCCGGGCUGUGUCAGUCCAGCCCCGGAGCCCAAUCAUCCUGCAGCAGUGAGCCCUCUCCUCUGGGCAGUGUCCCCAACAAUGACAGUGGCGUGGAGAUGCCGGGGCCCGGGCCCGGGAGCUUGGGAGACCUGACAGCGUUGGAUGACACCUCACCAGGGGGCGACCCCCCAGCCCUGGCUGCCCCCUCCGCUGGUGGCCUGCAGCUACGCAAACACAUGACCACUAUGCACCGGUUCGAGCAGCUCAAGAGGGAGAAACUCAAGUCACUCAAGGAUUCCUGCUCGUGGGCCGGCCCGGCUCCACACACCCGGAGCACCAAGCUGCCUCCCCUCCCAGCAAGUGGUUCUGUCCUGGAAAACUUCAGUGGCACCGUGGAUGGCGGGCCAGCAGGGCUGCUGCCCAAUCCUCGACUGUCCCAGCUGUCUGCCAGCGAGGUGACCAUGCUCAGCCAGCUGCAAGAGCGUCGGGACAGCUCCACCAGCACUGUCAGCUCAGCCUACACAGUGAGCCGCCGCUCCUCAGGCAUCUCCCCGUACUUCUCCAGCCGCCGAUCCAGCGAGGCCUCACCCCUGGGCGCCAGCCGUCCACACAACGCCAGCUCAGCUGAUUCCUACGACCCCAUCUCCACGGAUGCCUCACGACGCUCGAGUGAGGCCAGCCAGUGCAGCGGAGGCAGCUCGGGGAUGCUCAACCUCACACCAGCCCAGCAGUACAGCCUGCGCGCCAAGUACGCAGCGGCCACCGGGGGACCACCGCCCACGCCACUGCCAGGCCUGGAGCGCAUGAGUCUGCGGACCAGGCUGGCCAUGCUGGAUGUACCCGAUCGCACGCUGCCCGGCAUCUACCCGCAUUCACUGGGCCCGCGGCGUGGCAGUGAUGGGCCUGCAUACGGCCAUGGCCACAUUGGGGCUGCGCCUGCAUUCCCCCAUGAAGCGCCAGGAGGCGGUGCCCGGCGUGCCAGUGACCCAGUGCGACGCUCCGAGGCCCUGACCCUGCCGCGGGUGCAGCGAUUUCACAGCGCCCACAAUGUGAACCCGGGUCCACUGCCCCCCUGCAACACCGAGAGGAGGGGGCUCCGCCUACAGGGUCACCCAAGCACCAACAGCAGCCUGAUCCACAGCUCCUACUCUCCCAGGCCACCCAGCAUCAGCGAGAAUGUGGUGAUGGAGGCCAUGGCUGCAGGAGUGGACAGCACAGGGCCUGAGUCUGGCCUGGGGCUGGCAGAGGAUGAUCUGGUGUUGCCUGAUGAUGUGGUACAGUAUAUCAAGGCACACACCAGCAGCACCGUGGAUGAGAGCACACGGCAGGUGUACCCCAGCCAGAGCUUCCCGGAGAACCCCAAGCUGCCCAGCCCAGGGCUGCACGGCCACCGCAGGCUAGCAGCUGCCGACUCCAAUAUGGGUCCCUCUGUCCCUAGCAUGGAAGGCUGCCAGCUGGGCUAUGGGGCAUCCUCUAGCCUGAAUAAAAACAACAUGCCCGUGCAGUGGAAUGAGGUGAGCUCAGGUACGAUGGAUGCCAUGCCCAACCAGGUAAAGCCUCCGCCCUUUCCUCAGGGCAACCUGGCUGUGGUGCAGCAGAAGGCUGCCUUUGGCCAGUACCCAAGCUACAGUCCACAAGGCCUGCAGCUGAGUCCUGGGAGCCUGGACAGCACCCAGCCACACCUUCAGCUCCCUAGUGGAGCUUCUUCAGCCCCCAGAGUGAAUUACAUGCAGCAGCAGCUGCGCCAGCCAGCCACAGGUGGCCAAGGCCUCAGCCUGAGCUCAGCUGUGAGCCCUCAGACCAACUACAGCCAAGCCCACCCCCAGCUCAGCCCCAGUGGGACCCUGAACCAGUUUCCCCCAUCCUGCAACAACAUGGGGGCCAAGCCAGCCCACCUGGGGCUCCCUCAGCAAAUGGAAGUUGCCUCCAACCCAACCAUGAUGGGCAGUCACCACCAGGAACUGGGAGUUCCAAAUUCUGCCCUGGCUGGGGUGCCACCACCUCACCCAGCCCAGAGCUAUCCACAGCAAAGCCAUCACUUGGCAGCUACUCCGAGUCAGGAAGGCUACCGCCAGGGCCUUCUGUCUUCCCACCAGCCUGGCUUCAUGGAGCCACAGCAAGGCAUGAUGGGAGCAGCUCCAUCUAGCUUCGGUUUAGUACAACCCCGGCCACCCCUUGAGCCUAGCCCUGCAGGCCGCCACCGUGGGGUACGUGCUGGGCAGCAACAAAUGGCCUAUGCCAGGGCCAGUGGGCAUGCCAUGGUCACCACAUCUGCCAACCAGGAGACAGCAGAGGCUGUACCCAAGGGUGCAGUGGGCACCAUGGGAUCACUACCCCCUCAGGACAGAGGUGGGGCACAGGACCACAACACACUCUACUAUUAUGGCCAGAUUCACAUGUAUGAACAAAAUGGAGGACUAGAGAACCACGGAGGCUGCCCAGCCCCUCAGCCCCAACCCCCACAGCCACAAGCCUGCCCAGACAACAUCCAGCCGCAGCCCUUACCCUCACCAGGGGUCAACCAGGUGUCCAGCACCGUGGACUCCCAGCUCCUGGAGGCCCCUCAGAUUGACUUUGAUGCCAUCAUGGAUGAUGGUGAUCACUCAAGUUUAUUCUCCGGUGCGCUGAGCCCCAGCCUUCUACACAACCUCUCCCAGAAUUCUUCGCGCCUCACCACCCCUCGGAACUCCCUGACCUUGCCCUCCAUCCCCUCAGGCAUCAGUAACAUGGCCGUUGGCGACAUGAGCUCCAUGCUCAGCAGUCUGGCUGAGGAGAACAAAUUCCUGAACAUGAUGACCUAA